AUGGGCGGCUUGGUCGCACUUAUCUGUUUUUGUUGCGUUUCUGGAAUAGUUAAUAUCGCCGGUACCUACUCUGAACUAAAGAUACCAGGAAGUCGAAAUGAAAGUAUUCGCAGUCAAGAUAAACCUAAUCAAAAAAGUUCAGGGAAGCUUAUUUGGCCAGAUAUCAGUUUUCUGCAGUCUGGAUGCUCGAGCGUAUCCCACCUGCCAGUAUACGGAGUUCAAGUAGAAGACUAUUUAGCUUACAAAUGGAGUCUACGCAUGCUGUUUGUACCAAAACUUAAAAUCAUUGUCAACGGUAAAAUUUUCAACGAGUAUUCCGGUUCAGAUGUGGAUCUAGAGGCCAUUGUUGACUUUAUUUGGCUUAAUAUGCGUUUACUGCCUCGAGUGCCAUUACGUGUUCUUCCUGUCGACUACACAAACAGUCCACAGUUUUUUAAUGAGCCAAACCAUAUUUGCUUAUAUGCAUCUUGGUUGAUUACAAUAUUGGGAUUCGGAUACAUAUUCAUAGUGCUCAUCUCACGAUAUCACUGGUUCACUUCUUUAAUAAAUGGCAUAUGUGGUCUUAGCCUUGGUUCGGUACGUUCUCACGGAAGAAAUCAGUGA